GACAUGACGAAACAGCAGCGCGGAGGAGGACGGACAAACUAGGCUGAGCGACGGACGGACAGUCAGUUGCCUUUACCCCCUUUACCUCCUCCUUCUCCUCCUCUUGUUCCUCCUCAUCCUCCUCCUCCUCCACCUCGCUGACGGCUUGACUGACACACACACACACACACAUGCACGCACGCACGCACAGCCGCUGGGCACAUACAUGCACAUCAUUCACUUUUCCCCCCCGGCUGCGCAUCCUGGAGUAAUUGGGCACUGGGAAGCUCCACGGCAGAUGAGGGCGACGCAUGUCCAGCCUGGCCCGGGAAUCCGCGUGACCCCCGACGGAUAGGAGUUCUCCACUUGACAGUGGUGGAAACAGGCUGUCGCUAUGGUCUAAAAGGAGGAGGAGGAGGAGGAGGAGGAGGAGGAGGAGGCGGUUGAGAUUUUAACCCCUUUGCACCGAAGCCCGUCUGUCUGAGAGCCAGCUCCGAACGCCGGGGCCAUAAACCCCCUCUGUCAGCAGCGGCAGCAAAGUAUUCAUCGAAUAAAUCGGAUUUCCAUUUCACAUGAGCGCCGCUUUCUCCCUCUCUCUCUCUCUCUCUCUCGCUCUCUCUCUCUCUCUCUCUCUCUCUCUACCCCUCUCUGUCUCUCUCCUCAGGAUGGGGGGAGUAAGUGAAGGAGAUGAUGUGUUGGCUCGAUGGAGUGAUGGACUACUGUACCUCGGCAAUGUAAAAAGAGUCGACGGCGUCAAGCAAUGCUGCCUGGUGAGAUUUGAGGACAACUCCGAGUUCUGGGUGCUGAGAAAGGACAUUCACUCGUUUGCUGCCGGAGUGGAAGAAGUUUGCUGUAUCUGUGACGCUCCGCCUCUUAAAGAACCGCUCAUAAAUUGUCUUAAAUGUCGCCACGGUUAUCAUCCAGAGUGCCACACGCCAACCAUCGAACCGGAAGCUGACAGCGACUCGUGGAUAUGUCGGCAAUGUGUCUUUGCAGUCGCAACCAAGAGAGGCGGGGCCCUGAAGCGGGGACGCUUCGCCCGGCUCAUGCAGUUCAUGAAGCUCCGACUCCCCUACCAGCUGUCCUCUCUGGACUGGGACCCGCAGCACCUGACCAAUCAGCAGCAGUGUUACUGCUACUGUGCCGGACCUGGAGAGUGGAACCUGAAGAUGCUGCAGUGCGGAGGCUGUGGUCAGUGGUUCCACGAGGCCUGCACACAGUGUCUCACCAAGCCCCUACUGUAUGGAGACAGGUUCUAUCAGUUCCAGUGCUCUGUGUGCACAAAGGGACCAGAGACCAUCCAGAGACUACCCAUGACCUGGGUGGACUUGGCUCACCUAGUGCUCUACCAUCUCUCGCUGUGCUGCAAGAGGAAAUACUUUGAUUUUGACCAUGAAAUCCUGUCCUUCACCAACGAGAACUGGGACUCGUUGCUCCUGGGCGCGCUCUCUGACACGCCGAAGCAGGACCGCUGUCACAAUCUCCUCAACGCGCUGAACUCCCACAAGGACAGGUUUGUCUCCGGAAAGGAGAUCAAGAAGAAGAAGUGUCUUUUUGGGCUCCAGGUCCGAGCCCCGCCUCCGCUGACCUCCGAUUCGUCUCCCCUUAUCACGGAGCCCCCGAUCAACAUCACACAUCGCAGAAGCCCGCUGUCACUGCCCUGCCAGAGGAGAGUCGGGGGGCCCGACGCCCGUAAAUCAAAGCGUCGCAUCAUGGAGACACAGGCUUGUCCACCGCCGGUCGCUGCCAACCCCAUCGAGCUGCUGCCAUGUUGUCAGGGCUACAUGGGAGAGGCCAACCUCUACAACUCCAGGAAGUCCGAGGAGGAGGAGCUCAACCUGAGCUCUCCUCCCAAACGGAUGUACGGCCGCUACCACUCCACCUACAAUGGAAACACUGGUCUCUCCAGGAGCCUCCAUCACAGCAUGGAGGACACCUGCCGGUUACCACCACCCUGCUUCCCAUACCCUCUCAAUACAAACGGCAGCCAUAACCACCACCACCUCCACCAGCACCAACACAACAACAAUCACCACCAACACCAGCACCAACCGGGGCAGAAGCCACUGGAGCCCCUCAUCCUGCGGGAUUUGCCCCCUUACCAGGCCGACAUGGGCGGUGGCGGUGGCCUAGGUGGAGGUGGAGGAGGAGGCGGAGGAGGAGGAAGCGGAGGGGGAGGCGGGACAGUGGCCAGGAGCUGGGGUGGAGGGGAGGCGGUGAGGAUCUUGGCGAGGCGCGUGACGCCGGACGGGAAGGUUCAGUACCUGGUGGAGUGGGACAAUGUGGGUUUGUACUGAGAGCAAACAGGAAACAGAAGGACGGCUCCGCGGCUGCCACUGGACUCCUGUGUGUCAAGUACACACAAAACAGAAAGGAAAAAAAGAAAAACUCACAACACGUCGCAAAAAAUCCAGGUUGCUCUCACAGCAUCACCUCUGCUCGGCAUCAUUAUAACCUCACUACUCGGUAUUAAUGUCCCUCUUUGCUAGUGUUUCUCUGAUAUUUGUACUGUUAACUUUGGAAUAUGCCUUUGCAUUUAUCAUGUUUUACAGCGAUGAGGGGAAAUAGUCAAACCUCCAGAGGAUUUCGGAGAUUACUGCUUUUUUUAUUUGCUAAAUUAUAGGAUUAGUUCCCACAAAAAAAACAAAAAAUUUAAAAAAAUAUAUAACAUGCUGCCAAUUUGAUAUUUUUGGAGAAAUAUGCUUAUUUGCUCUCUAACAAUGUGGAGACUAAAUUAAAUGGCCAAAUGUGGAAAACCGAUCAUUCUUCCACUGCCUCUAAAGUUUUAACAGUUUUCUUUUAAUUUGUAAAGGAACCAAAAGUGUAGAGGUACCGGAUCACAAGGACCAUAUUUGUUUUAAAUUCUACUAAGAAAGCUUAUUUGAAGCUAAAUUUAACUUUUCCAACAAAAUUUUGUCCAAUUAUAGUUUAGAAAUCUUAAUAUAAAAUAAUUCGAGUCACAUCACCAAAUUAGGACUCAAAUAAACCUUUUCAAACUUAACAAAUCAUUUAUAGUUUUAAACAGAAGCAUGGCAGCUAAUAUAUCGGUAUCCCAGGGAUAUCAAAGCUAAACAACCAGUCGCCAAACUCCCAUAAUCCUUCACUUUAGAAACGUCUCAUCAGCAACUGCAUCAGCUCCAUCAGCUGAAGGUUCGAGUUCACGAGGAGUUCAGGAGAAAAUGAGGAGUGAUUAAUGAUCCGUAGCCACAGAAACACUGUGAUGGGGAAGAAGCAGAAACCUUUUAUUGUCCAGGAGGAGACGGAGCAGCGCUGCCAGUCUAGUACUCGUCGAUGCCUUGCUCAAGGACACUGUGACAGUGGAGGUUUAUGGGAUUUCACUUUCAUCUCCUCACGAUUUAUCUGCACAAAUUCUCUGGAGGUUUUUUCAUAUUUCUUCUCAUCGCAGUAUGUUAGUAAAAGAUUGUAUACACGUUAUUACCAGGUUACUUAUUUGCUGAGUUAGAUUUUGUCAUACAUAAUUUACAUCUAGACUAUUAUACGUAUUAGAAAUAGGAGCCACCAGACGGCUUUUGUUUUAUAAAUAGAAUUAUAUAUUCACAAUAUAUUGCUAUGAUGGAACAACUUCAUUUUAAUUUUUUCACGUGGUUGCUUAGUGCCUAUAUGGGUUGAGUACCUGCCAAUCGGCCAAUCGGACGACACAUGAACGAGGCCGCUUUGCUCCGGAGCAAGAGGACGGCUCUCCGUCAGUUAAAGGAGACAUACAAGGCUUUUUGUCAGGUUAGAAAAAAGACACUGCUCCGUACUUCCUGAGCAUCGUGACGUCACAACGAGCAGGAAACAGUUUGAGGGAAAGUGUUUCGGGAACAUUAGAGAGUGUAAACUUUCUCUCAAGUUAAACUCACGACCCUGAGUGUGAGCACGAUAUGUCUCCUUUGAACAGACACAACCACAGGGGUGACCUGCUAUCACGUUGAGCCGAGUUUUUAAACGAGAACUGGACUGUGAUCAAACUGUACAUUCCAAACAAACGACAAAAGAGAACAUUUACUUUAUACGUUACCGAAACGUCAUCAGAAAGGGCCUUUUAUUUUGAAAGGACGCGAGUGCAGCCUCUCUGCUUCUGCUGCUGUUCGGUUUCCUGUCACAGGGAAGUUCAAUCCUUGGGUUCAGGUGAAGAAGACGCUGACAGGCCCGACUUAUUCAAACACAUGGUCUCUUAUUUUGAAGGUACAACAUGAAAACAGGGCCUGACGGAUCGUGGUUCCUCUCCUUUGAUGCGCUCUUUCUUUUCACAGGCUGAGGCUGGAUUCGAUCUUUGUUACAUGAUUCUAGAAAACUGUGGUGCAACUUUCAGAGUUUAUAUUUUAUACAGAGGUUUAUUUCAGUGAUCUGUCCGAUAAAACUUUACACCACAUACACAUUUGUCAGUUUUAACCUCGAAGAAAGGUUGUGUUAUUAGUUUAGUUCAAGAAAAAAUAAAAAGACAGUGUUUAUAAGGUUAUUCAGACCAAUGCAGACCUCUCAGAUUUGAUUUCAACACAAUCCUCCCUCCUGAGUUCUCUCCAGUGCUGACGCGUACGUUUCAGGCCAACGCCAAUUCUCGUCAUCCUCCUCAGUGACUGUCGACAGUAGUUUAUCAGGAAGGUCGGAGCCUUUCCAGGCGAUGGUGAUGAAUGUAUCUGUGUGUUUUCUAUGGUAUGUCUAUACCCGUCAAGUGCUUGUAAUAGGUUGUGCUCAAGGUGGAACUCAGCCAGAUUAGUUUGAAACUAAAUGGGAGGAGGAGUUAAAGGACGUCCAAGCAUUGAGGAACAGACUUUUAUUUUGGUGGAGAGGUAUUGUGUUCUUUUUUUCUUAUUGGUAGUCAAGUCCAAGUUCACUUUGAUGUAUUUUUGGAGAAAUUACGUUUGUACAUGUAUUCUCUGCAUUGACACACCUAAUAUGUAACAGGAAUAAUAAAAAAAGUUUCAACUCA